GCAACUCGCCCACCACCUACCACAGCUACUACCAUACGACCUAUAGCUCGACCACCUACCACCACUGCAUCCCAGACUGCUCGUCCACCUGCAACAACACACCAUCUCACAGCACCAAGCCCUGCUACUUCCCUUGCAACAACCCAGCCCACAAAUCCCACUACCACUCACCCAACGACAACAGCAAUAUCCUCCAAUACAUACACUAACAACACGACUUGUGAAGAUUGUUCUGUGUGCGAGGCCACGGGC